CCUCCGUCUGCCUGACGCUGCGACCCUGCCUGAACGGGGGGAAGUGUAUCGAGGACUGCAUCACGGGGAACCCCUCCUACACCUGCUCCUGCCUGGCUGGCUUCACUGGGAAGAGGUGCCAUGUCGGUGCACAUGAGUGUCUCUCCCCCCCGUGUCAGAAUGGAGCCACUUGCCUCAACGGUGCGGGCAACUUCAGCUGCAAGUGCCCACCGGGCUUCCGAGGAGCCAGCUGCGAAACCGAAGAGUCACCUUGUGAGAGCAGAGUGUGCCAGAACGGCGGGAGCUGCCCGGGGGCGAACAGGACGGUUUUAGCGGGAUACACAGGGGCGGACUGCCAAACAGAGGUGAACGAGUGCGAGUCCAGCCCAUGCCUGAACGGCGGGCACUGCGUCGACCUGCUUGAUAACUACACCUGUGUGUGCCUGGAGCCCUUCGUUGGACAGCGCUGCGAGACAGACUCAUUUUCCUGCGAGGACCGGAGCUGUCGGAACCGGCAGACAUGUAACUACAUUCGUCCCGGCCGCUACAUCUGCACUUGCUCCCCAGGUUAUUACGGCAAUAACUGCCAGUACGGUGGACCCCGCGUGCCUGGUGCCUGCCUCUCCCAACCCUGCCAGAAUGCCGGCAGCUGCCUGGAGACGGAGCAGGGCUACAUCUGUGAAUGCCAGGAGGGUUACAGUGGGCAGGAUUGUCGAGACAAACUCUUGGAGGGCUGCGAGUGUCGCAACGGCGGCAGUUGUCUGGAAGGGAACGUCACCAUGUGCCAGUGCCCACCUGGUUUUUUUGGUCUUCUCUGUGAAUUUGAAGUCACCACCACACCGUGCAACAUGAACACGCAGUGCCCGGACGGUGGGUACUGCAUGGAGUACGGCGGGAGCUCCCUCUGCGUCUGCCACACUGACUACGGCACCAACCACACGAUGCCAUCCCCCUGCGACUCGGAGCCCUGCCUGAAUGGGGGGUCCUGCGAGGUUCAUGAUGACUCGUACACCUGCGAGUGUCCUCAAGGCUUCCUGGGCAAGCACUGUGAGAAAGCCAAGCCCCGACUCUGCAGCACGGGGCCCUGUCGCAACGGGGGUACCUGCCGGGAGGCGGAUGGCGAGUACCACUGCACCUGCCCUUACCGCUUCACUGGCAAGCACUGUGAGAUAGGGAAGCCGGACCCCUGCGCCUCGGGGCCCUGCCAGAACGGCGGCACCUGCUUCCACUACAUUGGCAAGUACAAGUGUGACUGUCCCCCGGGCUACGCCGGUCGGCACUGUGAGAUCGUGCCCUCCCCGUGCUUCCUCAGCCCCUGCGAGAACGGCGCUACCUGUGAGGACCUUGGCGGGGGCUACGCUUGCACAUGUCCCGUGGGCUACACAGGGAAGCACUGCCAGGCUGAGGUCGACUGUGGCAUCCCCAGCGAGGUGAAGCACGCCCAGGCCUCAUUCAACUCCACCAGAGUGGGCUCACUGGUUGAAUACCAGUGUGAGCUGGGCUACACCCUCAGUCAGCACAACCACCCCCGUGUCUGCCGCUUGCCAGGCAUCUGGAGUGACCCCCCUGAAUGCGACGAGAUCGAUGAGUGCCAGUCCCAGCCUUGCCUCAAUGGUGGCCGGUGCAAGGACCGCAUCGCCAAGUUCCUGUGCCUGUGUGAGCCAGGUUACACCGGCCAGCACUGCGAGCUGGAUGUCGACGAGUGCCAGUCGGAGCCCUGCAAGAAUGGUGGGACCUGCCAGGACCUCUCCGCGUCCUUUGCUUGCUACUGUCCCGAGGGCUUUGUGGGGACCCAGUGUGAGACAG